AUGUCAAUUGCAUUAGCAAUCAGAAACUCACUUGUUAUUGCAGCAACUCCCAAGCUUUCAAUGCUUGCCGGUCGUCUUUCCUUUAUCUCAGGAACGAUAGAUUCGUCCUCGUGUUCUGUUCAUUGCUAUCCCUCCACCACCUCUGGAUUAAAGUUUCGUCGUCGCCACCAUCGCACUUUUUACUACCCCUCUUCACGUCUUCUUCACUUUUCAAACCCAAAGCUGCAAACGUUAUACCUGGCCUUUUACGGUGCCAUGCCUUAUUUCCGUGUUAUUGCUACAGCGGCAUGUGCACUUUGUUUUGCAGAAAUGUAUGGUGUUCUUGAUCCGUUUAAGUUUUUGCUUAUGAUGGAUUUUGUAUUUUUAUGGAGUUUGCUUAAUACCCUUCGUGUUGCUGACCGCUUGUUUUUUGAAGAGGUCAUGGCGCCUCUUUUGAACAUGCUUGUUAGAGAUAUCCCAUACAAAAAAGAAGAUGAUGAAAAAGAAGAAGAAAAGAAAGAAAAAGAAAAAGAAAAAAAAAAGUUUGAUUCAGAAAAAACUGAUAAUUAUGAUGACAAUAAAACUGAAGAUACUGAAGAUACUGAAGAUGACAUUCAUAGUGAAACUAGCACUGUCGUGGAGGAUUGCCCCAUUACUGCUACCAAAGGUCUGAUUCCCUUUUUCGAUUUUACAAUUGUGACAUUGACCAUUCUCAUGGCUGUGUUGUGUUAUGCAGGAACUACAUAUCUGACAUUGUCAUAUAUUCAAUACCAUGCUUUGUGUUCUGUCAAUGUUGUGCUACCUUCAGAGCUUGUGCGACUCAUUGUUGGAAAUCAGAUUUGCGUGCUUGCUGUCCGCUGUCUUUUUGGUAAAUUUGCGCCCUGGCGUUCUGAUAGAAAAGAAACUUCUACAAAUGAAUGUACCUGCACACCAGCAGUCAUUUCUGACAUGGUAUCAAAACUGCUUUUAAAAGAUUUACAACCAGAAUCAGUUUCUGUAGAUACCCAACCCAAGUCUCGUUCUGUGUCUUUGGAUACCCUUGUGGAAUCUGACUCAGAUUCGGAUUUCUCCGAGUAUAUUUCAGCUGAAGAAUAG